AUGGACAAGACGGAAUCCCUGCCGGACGACGCGCUCGCCCACAUCCUCGGCCGCCUCCAGCCGCGCGACCUCGCCGCGACCCGCUGCGUGCGCAAGGCGUGGUGCGCCAUCGUCGACGGCCGCCGCCUGCUGCUCCCCCACCUCCUCCCGCGGGCUGUGCGCGGCCUCUUCCUCAACUACGGCGACCACGCGCGCUUCUUCGCCAGCCCCUCCUCCACGCCGAUCCACAGCGAUCUCAGCUUCCUGCCUCGCUGCGGCGGCAGCUCUACAGAACUCGUGGAUCACUGCGGCGGCCUCCUGCUGCACCGUGACUGGAGGACCCUCUGCGUGAUCAACCCCGCCACCAGGCGCUGGGAAGAUCUUCCAUGGGAGGACGACGGCUGCGACGCGUACCUUGCGUUUGACCUUGCCGAGUCGCUGCACUAUCAGGUGUUCUCCGUCCCUUCCGACCCCGAGAAGGUGGUACUGAACCCACACGAUGAGUUAGAAGAGGAUUUGAUCGAAUGUCCACCAUCCACCUGGAACAUAAACGUGUUCUCCUCCAGCACAAGGCAGUGGCAGAGGAGAUCGUUUGUCCGUGAAGCCGAGGCUCCGAAGACAGUAUUACAUCCAAUAUCCAUGCCAUGGAGCCGCCAGAGGGGUAGGCGAAGCGUGUACUGGCGAGGAUCACUUUACGCGCAAUUUUAUGGUGUGUUUCUUGUGAGGUUAUCUUUAUCGAAUGGGAAGUAUCGAGUAAUCGAAACACCGAUAAAUGACGAGGAGAGCAUUCCCGUGCAGUCUUAUGUUGGGAGAUCGGAAAAUGGCGUGUACUUUGCAACAGUUUAUGAUGGAUGUCGACUUCAGGUUUGGACUCUCAUGGAAUCGAGUGAACGGGUGGAUUGGGUGUCGAAGAAACAUAUUGAUCUGGGAACUACAGCUCUACCAUUGUACCUGCCAGAUUAUAUGGAGGGAAUUGAAAAAACUUGGAUUUUGGACGACGAUGAUGAUGUGAAUGGCAACAAUAGAAACAUAAAGACGGAAAAUUUGGACUGGGACUCCGACGAUGAUAACAUUGUGAAUAUUGAAGAUUCUUAUCAAUAUUCCCACACCUAUGUCUCCUUUCUUGGGUUUCAUCCCUACAAAGAAGUUGUUUUCUUGGCGUUGACAUCAUACAAAGGACCAGUUGCAAUGGCUUAUCAUUUGAACAACUCGAAAUUUCAGUAUCUGGGACAGCUAGCAGAUUACUCACAUGGCGCUCGCAUACAAGGAUCAUUUCCGUACACCCCCUGCGUGACUGGGCAUCUUCUAUAUCACUUCACAGAGUAGUACAUUUGGGCUGCAAAUAGUGUAAAUAAUGAAACCCUAGUCGUGGGAGUCCUUGUUUUUGUUUAUGAUUAUUUCUAGCUCACCGUAUUGGAAGCAGUAUCAAAUAAUCUUUGGGUUCUUGUUUUUUCUAUGUAGGAGGUAUUAAUUAUUACUUUGUUUUAGAGAAAGAUUAAGAUUAGGAUUCAA